AUGGAUAAAAGAAGUCAACUGAUACUUAGAAGAAAUGAGACAUAUCUUCGCGAUAAUCUAGAAAUAAGGCAUAUACUUCCACGUUUAUAUCAAGAUGGCGUCAUAUCUGAUGAUGACCGUGAAAGAAUUGAAAAGGAAGACACAACACGGGAUAAGAUUUCCAAAUUUCUCCGAAUCAUCAAACGGAAGUUAGACGGCUAUGAAAAACUACUUGAUGUUCUAGCAGUGGAGGGACUUCAUCAUGUCAAAAAAGAACUAGAGUCUACUGUUGUUGACGAGGCUGUAUUAAAGAAAGAGUUAGAGUCAGAUGAAGAAUUUCUGAAAGAACAGCUUUUAAUCCUGUAUCAAGAGUCCGAUGGAGAACGUAUAAGUUACACUGACCUUGAAAAGGACAUCCUGCAAUUGAUUUACUUAGAAGGAAAAGACCUAAGAAUAGACGAAGAUACGCUUGUGCGCUUGUCCUUGACACCAUCUAGGCAUGCUUUCAAAAAUCUUUCAAGAAAAUCUGUCGAUUUGGACGUUGCAGAAGCGAAACCAGAUUGUAGCGGAAGUAAUAGAGAAUCCUGUGAAGAAAAAAUGCAUCAGUCACAAAAAUCUCUCGAUCUACUCAGCACAGAUGAUGUUUGUCGUAUUUUGGAGCCGAGGUUUAAGCAAUCUGGAAUACCACAUGACAUAUUAAGGGUUUUUAAAGAACAAGAAAUAGAUGGAUAUGUGUUCAAACAUUUCAACGUGACAGAUUUGAACAACAUCACAGACUUGCCAUACGGAAAGAAAAAAACCAUAAUGAUAAUUAAAGACGAAUUGAUUGCAGAAGAGAAUGCCACACGGAAAAGUGAAACUUGUACGCUGGUCUCGGAUGUGAAAGACAGUAAAACUACAGUACGUGAAUCUCUUCGAAAGUUUGAUGCGCCUACUGAAGUGCUAGGAUCUUACAGAGAACUUGCUGUAGUAUCGUCUGACGUCACAUGGGUUCACAGCCUAAUCCAACCUGUCCAUAUGUUCACGGACUACGAUGUCAGAGAUUCACAUGAUAUUGAGACAUGGCUGGCAAGGAAGACCAUGUACUUUGCAUCAGCAUGCAUGAAUGAUAGAACAAAUGGAACUAUUCAUUUUGGUAUCAAAACUUUGACAGAUGACACUCAGAUGAAAGGAAAAGUUGUUGGAAUUUCCAUCGAUAAGGAUAAGUGUAGUCAAGCAAUUAAAACGUGCUUGCGAGUAUUUUUCCCAGACCAGAUAGAAAUGGUAUGGAAAUGCAUACGACCUCCACAAUACAUUCCUGUGGUUAAAUUGAGCAAACAUCAUCCUUGCUUUGUGGUUGAAAUAGAUGUGGUACCUCAUGCUGCUCUUCUGGAAGACGAGGCAGUAUUUGUACGAGAAACUGACAGCAAGCCGACUCUACUUAGGUUCAAGGAGGGAACUACCAUUCCAGAAAUUCAAAAUGAUGAGCAAAUACGGCAAUACAUGAAAAUCAAAAGCAGACUUUACAAACAACGAAAAGAUCAAGAAGAUAAGCCGAAGUCCAUCCCUGUGAACGAGGACUUGAGACUAAAAUUCUUGAAUGUUUUUUCAGGUGGGGAUUCUUUCCUUACAGAUGAAACAUAUCACAUCCUUAUUUCAAGUCCUGGUGAUGAGCAUCUGAAGAGCGAAAUAGCAGAAAAUAACAUAGAAUUUAUCCAAGUCCUUGAACCAUAUGCUGUUUUUGACUUCGGCUCGUCCACUGAGCCCGAUUCGUUGUACAAUUACAUUGAAGAAAACAAGGGACAAGCCCUAAAAGUGAUGACUACAGACAAUUUUGAUAAAGAAAGCGACGAAAACAAGGUUGACUCUGAACGUCAUGUUCAUUUAAUAGAAGAUCUUAGAAGUUCCACUAUGCAGACAUGGAUAUUUGCAAAUGGAUAUGACAGAAUGCAGAAGGAUGAAAUGGGAACAUAUGAAUGGAAGCAGAAAAGAAGUGAGGGGUUCAAGGAGGCUUUGCGAUACUGCUAUAAUGAUAUCCCAAAGGGGCGAUCAUUAGCAAUAUUUCUUUUACUUUCAAAAAAUUAUGACAUUAUGCUGGAAGCAGCUGAAGAUGUUCUUUCCAAAUCACAUGGGCAGUGGAUUUUACUGGCACCAACGAAAGACAUUGCCAACCAUUGGGUAGCAGAACUACUUCAUAGAAAUAGUGUUGACAAAGACACAAUCCGUGAGAGAUGCAUUAUAGGGAUGCCUUGGGAACAUGUGAAUGAAUUGGUCCGCGAGGUCGUUGCACCAAUGCAAAGUACUGUUUGUCAGAUACCACAUUCCAAUGGAGUAUAUUGCCCCUUGAAAAACAAAGUUCGGAAUGAACUUUGUGACCUAGACAUACUAAGUCAGCAAGAAUGUGAUGACAGCGAUAUACUGAAAGAUGAAACGAAAAAACUAAAAUUGUUUACAGAAGUUCAAGAGGCUUUCUACUGCGGGAAACAGCCAAAUUGGUGGAAUUACUGGUUUGGAGAAGACCAAAUAUGUCGUCGAUCAAAGCAUGAUAUUCUGAAAAAAUAUGUGACGGAAGCGCUAAAAAGGGAAGUCAUCGAAGAGGACAAAGUGGCUGUUGUUAAAUUGAUUCAUCAACCCGGAUCUGGGGGCACGACAGUAGCAAGGCAGAUUUUGUGGGAUUUGAGAAAAGAAUUUCGAUGUUGUGUCGUGAAAAAGGUCACAGACCAGACAAGUGAUCAAAUCAUUGCGCUGCGAAAUUACGAGGAAUCAAGUUCUGCUAAACCACCAGUAGUUUUACUGGACAACUGUGACGAAGACGGAGUCAUACAUCUACACGCCGUUCUGGAAAGACGAGCACGUGAGGCUUCAAUUCGAUCUGAGCAAAGCAUUGGAACCUACUGUGUCCUUUUGAUAUGUACCAGAAAAACCAAUCUGCCAAAGUCGGUAAAAGAACACACUGUCCUUAUCCGUCAAGAGCUGGAACAAAAAGAGCUGGCAUGGUUUCAGAGAAAGGCACGUGCACUAGAACGGCGAUUCCAAGAUAAAGGUGGUGUUGAUCCCAAACUCCUGAUCUCAUUCAACAUUUUGAAAGAAAAUUUCAACUUGGAUUAUAUCAAAGGCAUUGUCAAGCAAUAUGUUGAUGGUAUCGAGUCAACAAAGGAGAGGGACUUGCUGAUGUAUCUGUCGUUGAUAAACACCUACGAUAUGGAUUUUCAGCCUUUGCCCAUCAGCGCAUUCGAUGCCUUGAUGGAAGAGAAAUCUGGAACAAAAGUUACAUAUGGUCUAGCUCUUACACAUUGUCAACAAAAACGAGAAAAAAACUGGGAAACAAACUUAAGUUCAGAGUUAAAAGUACUGCUUAAUGUAUCAUCGAGAAGUGGUCAAGGCAGUAAUUUGAAAGCUCUGUCAAUUAUCAAUCCACUGUUUGCAAAAGAGAUUUUUAUUUACCUUAAACAAGAAGCAAGUACCAGCUCUACCAUGCUACAAUUCUUACAGUCUGCAAUUUUCAAACGAAAAAACAGGUCGGUAAACCAAGCUGUUCGGAUAGUAAAAGAUGUGUUGAAAAAAAGGGAGGAAUUAGAAACUGGUAGGAGAGAAAAAUUUUCACGAAUUUUGACAGAGAUCAUGAACGAGGAAGAUACUGAGAGUGCGGUUAAUGUUUUAAGGACAGGCUUUGAGAUGACAGAUGAUCCAAUGAUUGCUCAACAAAUCGCAAGGUUGUACAUACACUGCAAAAACUGGGAAAUGGCGACCAAAUAUGCCGUUGAAGCUACAAAUCUCCGUCCAAACAACUCAUAUCUCUGGGAUACUUAUGGCCAAAUUUUUAAAGCACAAGUGUUAGACAGGUACGAAUCGUGUAUUCUGAAUGGUGUGUUGUCGGUCGAGGACACGUGUCACAUUAUCCAAGUUGCAAUGAAGGGGAUUGAAAAAUUUCACAAAGAGCAAUAUCAAAGCGAGCAGGACAAUCAAGCCUCCCCAAAUGACCCUGGUUACUUUGGAGAAGUAAAACUCAUCAUACUAUUGAUGAAAGUUCUGAACUAUUCACCUUUUGAAAAAGACGUGCUUCGCAGAUUUGUUGUUGAAAGCAGUUUUGAAUCAAAAUCGCUUUCAGUUUUAGAUGAUGACAGCAGAGAUGUUCUAAAAAAGUUGCAAGGAUUUACUGAAAGAGCAAUGAGAAAAAUCGAAGAAAGACCAUCACAACUGAAGGAAAACGUUUCAAGUUCUCUUUUCCGUGAUAAAAAAGGCUUACCAGAUGAGGGUGUGGCGAUUUUGAGGGAGAAUGUUGAUAUGCUUUUUGGAGAAGGCACAGACGCUGUGCCGUCACAUCUUUCUCCCCUGGAAACUGCAGAUUUCAGAAGGCGGCGGGUAAAACGGUUGGGUGGACGCUCGUUGUCCUCGCUGUUGAGAUGCUUACGUCAAGACAACGGUAGCUGUGUAAGACAGUUGCAAAUCAUGUUUGAUCACUUGAACAAAAACAUUUUAUCGGACUGCACUGAAGCCUUUGACACCAUCAUGCUAAUCAGCGUCGCAUUAGCUAUGAGAAUCCACAACAAAAACGAAAGCAUAACCACCAAAGUGCCAAACAUCCUGGAACUUACAAAGCGCAUGUACGACGCAGAAUGCAGGUCAAAAAACCCAUUUCCGUAUCUGGAAGUAUUCUUGUAUCUUGUGAUGUUCCACUGGCCAACUCCAAACAGAAGCGGAAAGAACAUAUGUCCUGUGGGUACGAUUCGCGAAGCAAUAAAAAGUUGGAAACUAGCAUUUCACACAAAUCAUCCACGACAAAGAGAUGAAAGCAGUCCUCAUAGAAAAAAAGAGACAACAUUUUUCUUUCUAGGGAAAGAUCCUGAAAAUGACGAAAUUGUCUAUUACGAAGAACUUCAUAAUCGGCAUGGUAGUGUGUACUUCAAAGGAGAUGCCAUAUGGCAAGACCCCAAUGUCGUUCAUAAACUACAACGUCUAGAAGGAACUUUAGUUGGGGAUGGAUUGGAAGUUCUGAUUAGAAUAGAGACAGCAUCUGGAAACAAAGAAGUUUUGAGUGUGCCAACAGCCAUGCCUAUAGGUCAAAGGUCGUUGUGGCAGAAGAAGGUGUUUUUCUACCUAGGAUUCUCUUGGGCCGGUCCAAAGGCGUAUGAUGUAUCAUCCAGCGAUCGACAAAAUCUAGUUGCAAAUUCAACACAGAGCCAUGGCCGAGUAGGGAUGGCACGUGUUAAGUCACCACAAGCUCUUCUUGACCCAACUCAGAGAAUUGAAGAAAUCGGUCAACGUUUGAGAAAGAUAGAAAAGCUGAAGAAAAUGAAGAACCAUAGUCAACGAGAGGACAAUGAGAUUGGCCAGGAAACUGCUCUACGCUUAGAGUUGCAAAAACUCCUUCAUACUGUUCAGGAUUUGUUUGGAUAA